AUGGCAGACCAACCAUCCAACUCAAUCUACCUCACUGCCGAUGGCGAACUAACUGUUACAUCUGUCACGGAGAAGUACACCCCUGAAGACUCGGAAUGUUUGAUUAGAGUCAAGUACUCGGGCAUCAACCCCUGCGACCUCAACUUCUACCACAUCGGUCUCAACUCUUUCAUCACCGGCUUCGAACUAUCCGGCACCGUUGAGCAGACAGGUCCAACCUCUCCUUUCCUUGUGGGAGAUGUUGUCUGUGGCAUCCCUCCCCUCAUGGUCCCGAUGCUUUCCUCGUUGGGAACACAUCAAGACUUUGCCAUAGCCAAGUCUGAGCUCCUCUACAAGGUACCGGAUGGCCUGUCACUGAAGGAUGCUGGUGUCAUCUGCAUGGCAGCCCAUACAGCAGCUGAUGCCCUGUUCAACGUUCUGGGCCUUGGCUUCGCUGCAGCAGAUGUCACCGGUCUUGAUCCAACCGGAAAGGGCAUUUUGAUCUGGGGAGGGGCUAGCAGCGUGGGUAACAUGGCCAUCCAGAUGGCCAAGGCCGCUGGCUUCGAGUUCAUUUUUGUGACAGCCUCGGCUAAAAACCACGCCACCCUUAAGCGCCUUGGAGCCACACACUGCUUCGACUAUAAGAGCUCAACAAUCGUUGAGGACAUUUGGAACUCGCAAAAGAUCCUCGGGGUGAAGCUGAGCAUGGCCUUUGACACCGUUGGAAAGGGCGCCGUGGAACACGCCUCCACCGCUGGAGAGAGCACCCCUUCGCUGGCCAAGAGGUCCUUGUCCCCGGAUCGGUCGGAUACUCGUCUUGUUUGCACCCUCCCAGUUGCGGCGGAUUUGGAAUACGGGUUUUGCACCUCGUACCGUCCCAGUGGUAGUCAUAAUGCCAUGGGAGCACCCCAAGAUCCAGAGGCGCCUAAGCGCGUCCGUGGGGUCAUGGAGUAUUUCUUGGCAACGGCGGAUAGAGCUGUCAAGCUCCCGGUUGUUACAGCUGUCACUGGGGCUGAGGCUGGCAUUGAGGCGAUCAAACGGGUCGCCCGUGGGGAUGCAAGCCAGGAGAAGCUGGUUCUUGAACACCCUCUUCAAGGUUAG